UAUUACAUGUAAUUUUCCCUCCUUUUCCCAAUUUUGCACCUCCUUUUGUUGGCCCAUAACGUUUGGUUUUGCAAUUAAGUUCACAUGAACAUGAAAUCUCAUGCAAAAACAUGAUGAAAGUGACCGCAUUUAACAGACAAAAGGAAGUGAGGAUAUCACAAUGUCAGCAAUUGUUAUGAAAUACGCACAACGGUGUGCGGAAGAAGUUUAGUUCCUGCAUGUUUCUAAAUCAACAGGCUGUCAGCUGCCUCCGUCGGAUCAGAACAUCUGAGCACCAGUUUUUGUUUUUGUUGUUGUUUUAGUUUUUUUUUGUCUGCUCCUGUACCCCCAGCAUGGCUGUCCUUCACAGGCUCCUGUCACAGCUUUUCAGCUGGUCUGGGAUCAGUUUCCUCCUGCAGCUGAUGGGGACCGGACUGCUGGCUGUGGUUGGAGUUUGGACGGUGAGGCUGCUGGUUCGUCACGCCUGGUUCACUCACAGGUUGUCCUGCUUCAACAAGCCGCAGACGCAUUCAUGGCUGAUUGGUCACCUCGGUCAGAUGCAGAGCACAGAGGAAGGUCUCCAACAGGUGGAUGAAUUGGUGCAGACCUACAAGCACUCCUGCUCCUGGUUCUUCGGGCCUUUCUAUCACAUGGUCAGAGUCUUUCAUCCUGACUAUGUGAAGCCGCUGCUGAUGGCGCCUGCCAACAUCACGAUGAAGGAUGAGUUUGUCUACGGGCAUCUGCGUCCGUGGCUGGGUCACAGUUUGUUGAUAAGUAAUGGAGAGGAGUGGUCUCGCAAGAGGCGACUGCUGACUCCGGCUUUUCAUUUCGACAUCCUUAAAAACUACAUCCUGACGUUUAACUCUUCGACUAACACCAUGCACAAUAAAUGGCACCGCCUGGUGGCAGGAGGAACAACCAACAUAGAGAUGUUUGACCAUGUCACUCUGAUGACUCUGGACAGCUUAUUAAAGUGCGCCUUCAGCUACCAGAGCAACUGUCAGGAAUCCACCAGUCAAUAUGUGUCCGCCAUCAUGGAGCUCAGUGACCUGGUGAUAGAUCGCCGCUUUCGCAUUUUGCACCAAUGGGACUGGAUCUACUGGAAAACUGAGCAAGGAAAGAGAUUCAAGCAAGCRUUAAGUGUGGUACACAGGUUCACUAGGGAUGUUGUGCAGAUGCGCCGUACUCUCAUUGACCAGCAGAGGGAGACAGAGACACUAAGCAGCAUGACGACAGCGGAACAGAGAAAGAAAGAUUUCGUGGACCUCAUUCUGCUGUCAAAAGAUGAAGACGGACAAGGACUCACAGAUGAAGAAAUUCAGGCGGAAGCCAACACUUUCAUGUUUGCAGGACAUGAUACGACAGCAAGCGCAAUAUGUUGGACACUGUACAAUUUAGCUCGUCAUCCCCACUAUCAGCACAAAUGCAGACAGGAAGUGAUGGAGCUGAUGCAGGGACGAGAUGGGCAUGAAAUAGAGUGGGAGGACCUGUCCAACCUUCCUUUCACUACCAUGUGCAUCAAAGAGAGCCUCAGACUGCACUCACCUGUCCAGGCUGUAACCAGGAAGUACACCCAGGAUGUGGCAUUGCCUGGAGACCUCACCGUACCACAGGGUGUAAUCUGUUUGGUCAGUCUUUACGGGACGCACCACAACCCCGAAGUCUGGACAAACCCACACGAGUUCGAUCCUCUUCGCUUUGAACCGACCAACACACAGAGUCGCUCCUCUCAUGGCUUCAUCCCGUUCUCCUCCGGUCCCAGGAACUGCAUCGGACAGAAAUUUGCCAUGGCUGAGCUUCGGGUGGUCGUAGCGCUGACCCUGCUGAGGUUUCGUUUAACCCCGGGCGUUAACCCCAAAACAGUCUCUGGGAAGGUGCGGCGUCUCCCCCAACUCGUCCUGCGCGCCGAGGGAGGCCUGUGGCUACAGCUGGAAGAUUUGAAUGAAUCAAGCUUUGGAAAUAAAUGAUUUGAUUACAGAUGUGUGUCAGAACGUAAAACGCAAAAACACUGUAUAAGAUUUCAUAUUGCAUUUUAGCCAACGCUCUGCUUCAACCUGUUUUAAGAUGCGUUUCAUUGUGGGAUUUUUAAUUAUUUUUUUCAAAUGGAUAAAUUCUGGUCUAAUAAAUAUUAAUGACAUUGUAAAUGCAAGAUUUAAAGCACACUUUAAUUUAUUUAACAAAUACAGAAAUGGCUUUUUCCUGUAUAUAAUCAUUUAGAUAAUAAAAAAUGUGCAGUAUUUA